GGGAAGAAAAAGGAUGGAGCAGCAGUGGUGGGAAGGGGAGCUGGCAGCAGACAUCCACCAGACCCUGAGGACGAAGGAACUUGAGUUGCCUAUGUAUAAGGCUCAUUCACCACAGAUUGGGAUGCGCCGAUACUUCAUUGAUCUCUUGACUGUCCUCAGCAACCGUUUCAAUCUCUGCCCUACGGCCCGGCAUCUCGCUGUCUAUCUAUUGGACCUCUUUAUGGAUCGCUAUGAUAUCACUGUCAAGCAACUGCACAUCGUUUCAUUUGCCUGUCUUCUCCUAGCAAGUAAAUUUGAAGAAAAAGAAGAUAAAGUUCCAAAGUUGGAGCACUUAAAUAACCUGGCCUACAUGUGCAAUGUGAAUGUGGUAUUGAACAAGAAAGACUUGCUUAGAAUGGAAAUGCUGCUUUUGGAAAACUUCAACUGGAACCUCUGUCUACCAACACCAGCACACUACAUUGACUACUACCUCUAUGCGUCCAUUGGCGAGAAUGACCUUCACAAUGGCUGGCCGAUCACCUCACUGGCCAAAAUCAAAGCUUUUCUGGAGAAAUACGUGUAUUAUUUCCUUGAUUUCUCAGUGCAAGAUCACACUUUCCUCCAUUUUCGUCCAUCUCUGAUUGCUGCAGCCUGUGUGUGUGCCUCGCGUAUCUGUGUGCAGAUUUCUCCUGCCUGGACAACACAGCUUGAAUUGCUAACACGUUAUUCCUGGGAACAUCUUGCCCAAUGCAUUGAAAUGAUGCUCAUAUAUUAUGAGAGAGACAUCAAAGAAACCAGUGACACAAAAAAGCAAGUAACAAUGCAACAUCAAGAACAGAAAGCAGUGGGGCAUCUGAGCCAUCAAGCCACUACUCCAGUUCUCUUCCAGCAAUCUAGUUAUCACCCUCUAGCCCAGCAUUCAGCUACGCUUUCCCAGUUCCAGUCGCCAGUGCAAGAUUUGUGCUCUGCUUAUCGUGACUCCUUACAGGCCCACAGGCCCAGCGGUCUGCUUGCUGGGAGUGCUGACAGCUCGCUGCACUCCUAUGCAGCGCUUCAGGCCGGCCUUCGGCCAUCUGCCCAGACUCUGCCCAUCCAAAUGCCCAUUGCUGUGCAGGUGGCCUUAGGAACAGAGCCCAGGCACUGCAUUUCCACAGCUUAUGGCAGUAGUUACUUCAGUGGUCAUCAUUCAUAUGCAGCUGGGUGUUUUGAUGGAUAAAUACUGAUGGAAGAAAAAGGUGAUAUGAAUAGAAGCUGAAGAAGAGACCCUGUGUGUGAUACAAGAUGUGUAUCUGAAUGAAAACCAUGACUGAAUAGAAUCCUUAUGACUCGUUCAUUCAGAGGACGUUGAUCUGGAUCCACUGAUUACUGGAACCUGGGUGCCUUUCUGUCAAGAGUUGUACCUUUGGCUCUUAAUGAGAGGGAGAAAUAGAAACUCAUUAAUAUACCUCACUCAAUGUCACUUUGAGAGGCAUCUGUGUAGAAACCCUGUGGAGAUCACUUCCUUCUAGUCUCCAGUUAGUGGCUUGUCAGAGUUGGCUGAAUGCUUGUGUUGAAGAGUUAUUUCAGGCUGGAGCAUUUGUUGAAUUUCUGGCCAAGUAGCGAUGUACCUAGAGGAUGUUGGAAAACAUGGAGUGCUCUCCUUCUCUCCCAGUGACAUGUCGCUUGAACAGUGGCAGCUUAUACUACUGGAAGUUUCUACUAAAAUAUACUGAAAUUGGUAUCAUUAAAUGUGAACUUCAUUUAUGCAGAAAUCUGUGUGGAACGCUUUCCACUUUCUUAGAGCAGGAGUGAUAGUUCAGGAGUAAGACUUUAGAAUAAAA